CACUGGUCGAGCUGCAACUCGACAGCUGUUUGUUUACCUAAACUCGGCACGUGUAAAGUCGUUUUUUCCAAUUCAAAUUAAAUUAAUGCAUUUAAGCCAUUUAAUUAGUAGCUGCUUAAAGGCAGGUUACCUGAAAACACUGCUUCAAUCGAAACCGGUGAACCGGCUUUUGUUUAAUACGCGCAAUAAAUCGUUUGCUGCUGCCAUGUCAGAAGCAUUGGACAAUAUGGAGCAAGACAAUGCCACUAGAAAAGCAGCCAAAGAGGCAGAGAAUGAGACUGUUAAGGAAGCCAAUAGGGUAAAACGCAAUCUAAAGCGCAGAAAAUGGGUAGACUGGAAGACGCAAGACGAGGAGGAUGCAGCAAACGGAACAAAACGUGCACCUUUCGAUCCAUCUGACAGAAUAAAGCGUAAAAAGAGUGCUAUUCUAUUAUCCUACUGUGGCGCCAAAUACUUCGGUAUGCAACGCAAUCCAGGCAUGCAGACAAUAGAGGAAGAAUUAUUUAAAGCAAUGUUGAAGCACAAAUGGAUAACAGAAGAUAGUUUUGAACAGAUACAAAUCUCAUGUUUUCAACGAGCUGCACGAACUGACAAAGGUGUUUCGGCGGCACGCCAAGUGUGUUCUGUAAAGCUGCCUGAGGAACUGGAUCUGCCGGCCUUCAACGCGGACUUGCCCGAGCAAAUACGCUUGUUUGGAGUUGAGCGCGUUACCAAGGGCUUCAAUGCGAAGGAUCAAUGCAAUGCGAGAACUUACACAUAUACUUUGCCUACUGUAGCUUUUGCACCUAACGAAGAGCACCAUGAGCAACAAACUUUUCGUAUAACGCCCACGCAGCUGGAUAAAGUUAAUGUCACCUUGAAACUCUAUGAAGGCACCAAAAACUUUCACAAUUUCACCAGCAAAAAAAAUUUUCUGGACCCGUCCAGUAAGCGUUUCAUUAUGAGUUUUACAUGCAGUGCUCCUUUUCAAAGCCCUCAGGGCAUUGAAUUUGCAACGCUUAAGGUCAAGGGCCAAAGCUUUAUGCUUCAUCAGAUACGCAAGAUGGUGGGAUUGGCCGUAGCAAUAGUGCGUGGAAACACAACACCUAUCACAUUGGAGCGCGCCUUAACCGAGGAGCGUUUGGACUUACCCAUGGCGCCUGGUCUGGGUUUGGUAUUGGAUACAGUGCACUAUGAGCGUUAUAAUGACCGUUAUGGCCAGGAUGGCAUACAUGCGCCAUUAAUAUGGUCAGCACAAGAGACGCAAGUCAAUGAGUUUAUAGAACAUUAUAUAUAUGCUAAUAUAUAUAAAACUGAAGCUGAGGAGAGCAAUAUGAUGAAUUGGUUAAGCACUUUGCAUUUUCAUUCAUACGAUACUAGAAGAGAUGAGCCGGCAACGGAAAGCGAGGACAAAUCCAAAGCUGAUGAUGCUGAUGAAUAACACAAUUAUUACUUUAUAGUAAAGAAAAACACCCAAUGUAAUUUUGUUUAUAUGAUUGAAAUAUAAAAGUUAGGAACGUGCCUUA